UACGUCCUGUUUUGGGAUAUUUUACAGUGUCAAAUGAAAUGUCAGAUGGAGAUGAUCGGCAUUGACGGCAUGUUUUUGUUUUUAUUUCGCUCGGUGUGUUUUGCCAUGAAUGUAGCGACUGCAUGUGGUGAUUUUUUCUGAAAUUGUAGUUUUGUUGUUUCAUUAUGGCUCCAAUAGUAAAUGGUCAACCUAAAAAACUUUUGGAUAAGCAAGUGUUCAAGUUUUUUGAAAAGUUUAUCAACGAAAAUGAAGAAACUCGACUGGAUGGUGCGGUGGAAUUAAUUUCGUUCCUGUUCAGUGAUGCUGUUGACAAGAAAGAAAAAGAGCGAGCAUAUGCACUCAAACGAUUAGUACGUGGCGUUGGAGCUAACAAUAAUUUUUCGAGGUCGGGGUUUUUCACUGCCCUUGUGGGGUAUUUGUUAGAGGCUAAAAGUACUGAGUUUUGCCCUACAGUGACGGAAAUAUUCGCACUUGUGAAAUCGGAACUGUCCGAUACAGAUAGGAACGAUGAAGAUAAGAGUCAAAUGAAAUUUGAGCUCAGAAUAGGUAGAAUAUCGGUAUGCGGAGCAAUUAUCAACGCCGGUCUGUUAGAGACGGCUUCUGAAACCGAAUUACAAACGGUGGUAAAGUCGCUGAAAAAAGGCGUUCAUAAAGUUUCUGCUCCGCUAGCGUUGAACUACUUGAGUGAAUUAGUUCAAAAGAUUAGUACAAAGAAGUUUGGUAGCAUAGUUUGGCCUGUUUUUGACCCUAUAUUGAAUGUUCCUAAAGAGCAACAGACGAUGGAUACUAUCUACAUUUUACUAGUUUGUUCGACAAUCCACAAAAAAAUUAUAAACCAACCAUUCUUCGAACACAAUUUCGGUUGUCCUCAACUACUACAUACGGAUAACUAUGAAUAUCUCACUAACCUUGUUUGGGAUAUCAAGAGCACGUUAGCAAUUAAUCAUCCACUUUAUGAUUUUCUUAUUGCGACGCUGGUGAAACAAAACAAAAUUACGGAUUUCUGGGAACACGGAGUAGAACCGGUAUUACAAAAGAGCGAAAAUUAUAAAUUUAGUGAUAUUGUAGCUCUUCGUGUUUUUAUAACUAUACUCAACAAGCUUGAGGAUUUUAGUGUUAUUCCUGAACUCUUGAGCCCGUCACUGAUGGACGUUGUAACUAAGAAAAUUAAAAACUUUGCUCAACUAAGUGAGGAUGUGCGAGAUCUGUAUCGAGAAGCUUUCGAUACAAUGAGUGAGUGUUAUGCUAAAAUAACAGAUGAAAAAUGUAAGCUACGUAUUUUCAAAAAGCUUAUUGAACCGCCCAGUAGCAUACUGAUUGAGAAGUAUGCUUCAAACAAAGUUGUCCAAAACCUUCUGGCUACGAUGAGUGGAGAAAGUGUCAAGACUUCUGCAAGUUUACUGAAGGAGUUGGUGUUAGCACAAAAUUCUCCAGAGAUGUUGAACUCAGAGCGCAUUCAUGCUGCCCAAGCUCUGCAAAAAUUGUUGACUAAUAAGCAUGCUGCUGCUGAUGACGAAUGGACCUUUAGUGUGGUUAAGUUUUUCUUGUGUUUAGGAAUUUUCUUUUCUGCUGAUGGUCAAAAAGUGUUGAAGAGCAGCAAACAACAAGCUGCAGCCAUAUCAUCGGAACUAGCGCCGACCAUGAAAUCGUUGUUUUUUCAUUGUCUGGAGUACAAGCAUGUUAAGCUAGCUGAAGAGAAAUCAUUUUUACUGUCGAUUGUCGAUUAUAUUCAGAACGUACUGGAGACCACGGGUGUCAAAUCACUUCGUACGCCAUUGAGUGAAGAUCAUUUACAACUGUGGCAGAGAAUGUAUUCCAUAGUGCACAGCAAAGACAAGCAGCACAAAAAACUAACCAGUGUUUUCCACGUACUAAUUAUGUACAUGGGAUUGCAUCUAUUUAGUGAUCCCUUAAUCGCUAGCAGUUCGAUUGCUGAGCUGGAAAGUGUAAUGAAAAGAAUUCAAAGCAAGAAAAACGGUAAAUCCUCCAGUAAGGUAGAUAUCAAGCAAAAUGGUGAGAGCGAGGAACCUGACUGGAUUGAGGUAGUGAUCGAUUUGUUUUUAAACUUGAUGUCGCAAAAUUCGCAUCUUUUGCGAAAAGUCAUUGGACAUGUUUUUCCACACUUGUCCGGCGAAAUGACAUUAACGGCAUUCAAUCAAAUUUUAUCGGUUAUAAAUUUGAAGGAUAAAGUCAACCCGCUGAGUGCGCUAGAAGACGAUAACGAAGAUUUGGACAAGACAAUGGAAACGAACGAUGAUGAUGACACUAGUAGUGGCGUGGACACGGAUGGUGAUAUCACGGACGAUGAAAAGAAUAAAUCAGGCAGUGAAACAGAGGAAGAGGAUAGUUUCACGGAGGAAGAAGAAGAGGACGAAAAGGUUACAGAUAAAAUGCGACUUGCUAUACACGCCGCUUUGGGGAAUGCGAAUCCUGAAACUGACACAGAGUCGGUGGACUUGGACAAUAUGAAUGAGGAAGAUGGUCGCAAACUGGAUGAAGCUCUGGCGGCUGCAUUUAAAAUGUUUAAGCAAUCGAAAAAAUCUAAACCAACAAAGGCUGACGAGCGAAUCGACACAACAUUGACCCAUUUUCGGAUGCGAGUCUUCGAUCUGGUAGAUAUAUAUUUGAAAACGUCGCCCAACAUGAUCAUUUGUUUAGAACUGAUGCUGUACAUUUUCGAAAUGUUGCCAGUUGCCAUCAAGGAGCCCAAAUACAAACAGAUACUGGAACGUUAUCGGAACAUUUUCAAUAUGCUAAUAAAAAUCAAGCAUUUCAAUGAGGAUACGAAAGAUGUGUCGCCUGAUCAGCUGUCGCAAAUUUUAACUGAUUUAAUAGAUAAAGUAGCAAAGGGUUCAUCUUUCCCGGAGAAAAACCAGUAUCUUAUAAAAGCGUGUCAAUUCAUAGUUAUCUGCUCGCAAUUGACGGAUAGCAGCGGAGCAAAGAAAAACGGUGCCACUAUCGAGAAAGCGUUUUGCAAAUACCUCAAAGAAUUUAUACCUGAUCGUAACCCUCCUCUCACGCUGAACGUGUUUCAGUCACUAUUCCGUAUGAAUUGGGGUGGAAAUUUCCGUUUAGCGAAAGUUCUAGCAGAACAUGGCCUUCGGAAAGAGGUGAGAGUAGUUCGAAAAACGCAAACAUUGCAGCUGUUGAAAGAGUUAAUGAAAAAUCGAAGAUUUGUUAGUAAUGACCCUAGUUUAACAUGGAAGACACUACAAAUUAUUGGCAAUUCACUGUCCAGCUACUUAGACGAAGUACAAGGAUCGCGAAGUAUCACACAGAAUGAAUAUUGUGAACUCGUGCAAUUGCUUCUUGAGUUGCAUAGCUACCAGCAGCAGCAUUUGAAAGAACAAGUCGUACCUUGGGAACAAAUUGGAUCCAAAAUACAGACGUUGAGACCAGAGAAUCUGAACUCCCAAACAAUGAACUUUUACGUGCGACUCUGCAAGCAGUUGCAGUUGGUGCCUGCAAAAAAUUCUCAGUCCAAGAAAAAGGGGGCAUUUAUGAGGGAUGGUUUUCAAUCAACAGAAAAAGCACAACUGCUGAAUGGAGGCGGAAGCGAUGAAAAUGAUGAGGUAGAAACUGAACAGCCGGUAGGCAAUGGAGCGGUGAAACGGAAAAAGAAUAGUAAUCCAUUAAAGCAGAAACGUUUGAGGAAAGAGGAACGCUUGAAGGCUGCGUCGGAAGGAUUAGAACUAGUGUCUUUUGUUAAUGUAGAGUAAUGACUAAAGUAGCAAUUAUUGUAAAUGAACGAGAGAAUUGAAAAAUAAACCAAAAGAAACGUAUUCGUCAGCACAGAAAAGUGUUGCGAUUUCUUAUAAA